AUGGCUUUCCAGCAGCCUCAACACCGACCGCAGCCCUUACGACAGACCACCCUCCCACAGCAUCACCUCGAACCCGCUCCCUUAUCGCCGGCCAAGAAGCGAAGCAUCGAAGAGUCGCAGGAAUGGAUCCUCUUCUCGCCUCAGAACGAUGGCCAAUCCCUCUCCAACACCUCUCAGACACCCCGCACCGCUACCCACCUCUCCGACUUCGGUUCGCUGGAAACGCAUGUCAAGUCGCAGCUGUUGGGCAAUAGCCAGGAAGAAGACGAAGAUCUCACAUGUCAGGGCACGGAUGAUGACGGCGAUGCUGAGCUGGACAGCCUGGACGAUGGCCUCCAUGCCUUUCACCAUCCCUUUGCGCCGUCAUCAGAUCACUUGGAUCACAGUGGCGGAACAGUUCUGCCGACACAUGAUGGCUUUGGAACAUUCCCCUCGUCCUCGGCGGCCUUGCAGGAGCAGCUGUGGCAGUUCGAAAGACACAACCCACACAGAAAGAACAAGCAUGCAAGGAGACGGAGCAGUGUGCAGAAGCGACUAGACGCAUUGGAAGAAGAAGAGCACUUGGAUGCCGAAGACGAACGGACGGCGCGCAUUGAGAGGUGGCGCCUGGACCAGAGCCGAGCUGUCCUGGAGGAGAUCGAGCGUGAGACAAGGCGACGGAGGAGACGAAUGAGCCGCAUGAGCAUCGCAACCAGCGGCCUUGACAGGAGUCAAUCCGUACAUGAUGCGCUGGCUUCGCGGGUACUAACACGACAGGAUUCCGUCAUUCGCGAGACGACCGACUCGAUCAAGAGUGACGAGCAAGCACCAGGCGAGUCCUUCUGGCGACGCAUUACUCGCAAGGUCAUUCAGGACCUGAUCGGUCUGGACGAGAACACCCUGUCAGUCAUCUUUGGCGAGCAGUUGGUCGAUGAUGCCUCUCCCACUCCAACCCAACCUUCACCAAUCGCCGCUGCCGCCGCACGGCAGGAGUCCAGGAUGUCUUUCCACGAUUCACAGCCAAGCUGGGAGAUGAAGCUUCUCGACCGCAUCGCGCGAGAGCUUGGUAUACUUGUUCACCAACUUUCCGGAUUCGAAGGAUCCGCCUUCAACAGCUACAAGAACGCACAAGAGCAGCAGCUCGAGUAUGCCGGUCUGCCUCGCAGCAUUCCCCGUCCACCGUCGCUUCGCCAGCGCAGACGCGCUGAGAAAGCUCGUGCUGAGAACAAAGACCCGGAUCAGCUGUUCUCACCUACCCUGCCUCAGUCACCCCUGCCAACCACGGAGCCCGACACAUCGUUGUGGGGCAUCGAAGAGGAGCCAGACCGGUCGGCCGGCGAUGACGAAGUGAGACUACAGCAAGAGCGAGAGUACUGGGAGAAGGACGUCGAUGUGAAGAUGAUCUUCCAAUAUCUAAAGUCUCGUUUCUCGCGAACAGCCGAAGAGACACCUGCUGCCGAGUCCGGUGAUUCCGGCCCUCUCCCAGCUUCUUGGGCAACCGCUGGCCCCUCUGCCUCCGCGCUCAGCACUUCGCCCGAAGGGCUGCGUCGAGCGGAGAUCAUCAAGCGCCAACAUCCUCUCGUGUCGAGAGCAGCCGAGCGAGCCGCAGAGCGAGCAAGGGCCAAUGCUGCGCAAGCAAGACGGCGGGACUCGCUGCUGAGACGACAUCAGAUGCAGACGCUGAUGCAGAAGCGGGCUGGGAGCAGCAGCUGCGCCAGCCAGAGUACGAAGCGCAGUCGACAUACCCGAAGCGGCAGCUCACGCCACUACUGGGAUCUCGGUGGUAGCGUGGGAAGUGUUGGCAGCGGGCCUGCCAUGUCUUCUGGACUCGGGGGAUGGGGAGAAGUGUAG